AUGAGGAGGAAAUUAACCAAGGCAAUGGCCGCUGAGAUCGAGGUCGUUGAUGGGCCGAAUGAUGAGGGAGAAAUGUUUACCCGCCCGGGGAAACUGAGUGACCGUUUUCCUCAGCCAUAUGCAAAUGAACAGGCUGCUAGGUUUGCAAAUGGGGGUGCCUAUCCUCCGGAUUUAAGUCUGAUGACCAAAGAACGCUUUAUUCGCUUUACUGAUAUGUGGACUUUUCUGUCUCAAGUAAAAGCUUGGUACUAUUUGGUUGAUUUGUUAAACAAAUGGGAAGUACUCCUGAAACAGAUUCGUGAAGGAUUGCAUUAUAACCCUUACUUCCCUGGUGGAGCAAUCGCAAUGCCUAAAAUGCUUAAUGAUGGUGCUGUUGAGUAUGAAGAUGAUACACCCGCAACAGAAGCACAGAUGGGAAAAGAUGUGGUGUCAUUUUUGUCCUGGGCAGCAGAGCUGGAAAUGGAAGAGAGAAAGCUGAUGGGGUUCAAGUGGAUAUUUGUCCUGUCACUGGCACUACUUCAGGCUGGUUACGACAGGCGAUUGAAGUGGCCGGUUCUCAAGUCCAGAAAGCUGGUGCUUGAUGUUGUCAACUAG